GCUGCGGUAACCCGGCAACAGCCCGGAAGCUGUGGACUGUUAACCUGUGGCGGGCUUCGCCGUUCUGGACCGUGAGGUUUUUGUCCCAGUGGAGGCAGCAGCUGGAAAUCUGCCAGAUGUCAUUGGUCAGAGUGAACCGUUACUGUCCCCGAGGAGGUGGGAAAAAAGCAUUGAAAGUAAAGAAGAAGAAACCUGCAGUGAAGCAAGAAUGGGAUAAUACUAUGACUGAUCUGACAGUUCAUCGGGCAACUCCUGAGGAUCUGGUACGUCGUCAUGAAAUACACAAAUCGAAGAACAGAGCAUUAGUACACUGGGAACUUCAAGAAAAAGCUCUGAGAAGAAAAUGCAGGAAGCAGAAACCAGAAACUUGGAAUCUGGAGAAAACUAGAUUGUCUAUCAUGAAGGAGAUUCUUUCUGAUCAAUAUCAGAUGCAGGAUGUGUUGGAGAAAUCUGAUCAUUUGAUGGCUACAGCUAGAAAUCUAUUUGUUGAUGCUCCUUGCAAGCGCACAGGAUUUCCAAAUGUAACAAUGGCUCCUGAUUCCUCUCACGGACCCGUUGCAGUGGACCAAGACCCUACUACCCAGUCCAUGCUUAACGAGUCUGUCCUGGAGUCGCAGGUUCUUAAUGAAGUAGAUGAUGGAGAAGAAGGAACUGUUAAUAGCCAGUCUGAAGAGAGUGAGAAUGAGUUGGAUAACUCUUUAAACGCUCAGUCUAAUGUGAACACAGACAGGUUUCUCCACCAACUAAAGGAAGAGAAUUCUGAGUUAAUUAAUAAACUGUGGACUGAUAUUCAGCAGAAGCUAGCAGCACAGUCACAAACAGCAACCCCGCCGGGAACUCCGUCUUCUGCUCCUGCCACGGAGGAACAAAGAGCUGCUCUGAAUGCUACUGAUGCCGUCAAGAGAAUGCAAAGCAGACUUCAGCCUGCAGAAUCUCCCCGGUCCCUAGACUCAAGCUACAUUGUGGGACAAGUGCUGAACUCAAGGAAGCAAAAGCAGCUACUAAACAAAGUGAAAAGAAAGCCAGAUUUGUGUCCUCCGUCCAACCAGAAGAACACGCUAUCAGUGAGCACAGGCUCUGCAGACUUGCAAAACAGCAAUAAUUCCAGCUUGGAUGUCCUCAGACACAUGAUACACGAGGUGGAGCAUGAAGUGGCAGAAUACGAGCAGUGCACAGGACGUGAGGUCACGGCACUGCAGGGUGGUCAGGGCCUCACAGGCUUCACUUUGUGCCUGGUCAGCUCUCUGUGUCGCCUGGUUCGGUAUCUUAAAGAGAGUGAAGUUCAAUUACGUAAAGAAAUAGAGACAAGGCAACAACUGCAGCAGAUCUUAGGUGAUCAUCGAGAGCUCAUUGAUGCUCUGACAGCUGAAAUUCUUCUGCUUAGAGAAGAAAAUAGUACCAUACAGGCUAGAUUUCAGCAGUACAUGGUCACAACAGAUGAGCAACUUAUAUCACUAACACAUACCAUUAAGAACUGUCCUGUGAUAAAUAACUCUAGACAAGAAACUCAGGCUUCAGCUUCAGAAAAGGGAGCCACAGAUAGAAGAGCUGGGGAUAGUCCAGAGGCUCCUGUUGUAAGUUCUAAUAUGUCUGUGCCAUUGAUGUUUAGCGGGGAAGAAGUGGUUGAUUUUGUACAGGAAGAGUUGCCUGUUAAACUGUCUCAGAUACCAACCCCCCCUGACAGUGCACAUCUGGCCAGCAGUUUUCCAGCGCAUGUGUUUGAGCCAGCUGUGUUGUUAACACCACCCAGGCAGAAGAGCAAUGCAGAAUUCUCUCCUCUGCAGGAUGUAUUGAGGAGGACUGUUCAAACUCGUCCUGCUCCACGAAUUCUUCCCACUGUGGACAUAAUUGAGAAGGAACAAAAUUGGGAAAAGACUUUACCUAUUGAUACAGAUAUUCAGAAUUCAAAUGAAGAGAAUCGACUGUUCACUCAGAGAUGGAGAGUCUCUCACAUGGGAGAAGAUCUGGAGAACAAAACCCAGACACCUUUUGUUGACCUUGCACAGCCCCCGUGCAGUUCCCAACCCAGUGUUCAACAGAUGAGAAAUCCUGCACUGUCAGAAGAUCUGCUGGUACUAGGAGAUGGGCAGCAGCUUAGAACAAGCGAGUCAUCCGUCCAAAGAAAGGACAUAAUGGCGCGGAUUGCUGAGUUGACACUGCAGAAUUCAGCCAUCAAGGCACGUCUGAGUAAAACUGAUGUGUCAGGAGGAGAGCAAGGUGAUGGGCUGAACAUACAGGAGUUGAACAAACAAGAAGGUGCCAAUGACACGACUGCUACUUUUCCAGCCGCACAGUCUGCAGCCCGAAGCAGCAUGGAGGAACGGAUUGCAGAGCUGAAUCGACAGAGUAUGGAGGCUCGUGGAAAACUAUUACAGUUGCUAGAGCAACAGAAACUUGUUGGCCUGCAUCUUUCCUCUCCACCGGUAUCACUUGUUCAUUCGCCCCUCAGAGCAUGGACUGAAGGAGGAAAGCAGACCACCGACGCAGGUGUACCGGGAGCAGAGGUCCCAGAAAGCACAAGAGGCAACGCUGUCUUGCCUAUCAGUGGGACAAAUGCAAGAAGAUCUUCAGGAGCCACUAGUAAUUCUUGCUCUCCCUUAAAUGCCACCGCAGGAAGUGGGCGACUCACACCUAUUAAUCCAAGAGCAAAGAUUGAAAAGCAAAAUGAAGAAGGCUGGUUUGCUCUUUCUACCCACAUGUCCUAAAUGAAGCUGACGUCACCCUUUGGAGAAUUCAUUCUGGAUACUUUAUUGUUGACUGUACACUCUGUACACGCCCCUCUUUCUGCUCAGGCUUUCAAUUUUGUUAGUCUUUCUUCAGAUAAAACCUACAAAGAUCCUGUGAAUUAAUACUAAUGGAACAGAGAAAAAAAGCCAUUUUUUUUUAGCCUUUUCAAAUAGGUUUUCAAAAACCAACCAGUUCUCCCUAUGAAUAAAAUUUGGCUGUAGGGAAAUUAAAGUUUUAAAUUCUAAUAAUUUCUAAAAUAUUUUAAAGUUGUUUUUUUAGGUAGCACAAUUUUACCUUCAUCAUCAUUAUUCAGGUUUUUUGUUCAGUGCAUCUUAAAUGUGGAUCUAUUUCAUUUUUUCCUGAAGGACUAAAAUGUUUUGCGUGUGCUUGCAAUAAAAUACCUCUGUGUGGUUAGUCUAGUUUUCAGAAAAAUGUAAUACCUUUGGCUUCUUCUCUGUAGGGAAAUUACUGCUGUCCAAGUAGAAUGUACAGCUUUAAAAAUUGGGUGUGGGAAUGUUUAUAUUUGCUUAAGUUAAGAAUGAUUGUGUAAAUUCUAAGAAUCUUGAUUUAGUUUUGAAAUGUGAAAUACCAAGACUGAUAAUGUGCAUCAAAUAAAGAAUGAUCAUAGAACUCAAA